CCACGAUGAACAGGUUCAACUUCCUGUGGCAUCUGAUGGUAACCACAGGUAUUUUGAAAGAUACAAUAGGAAAAGCCUUCAUACAAACAAAUGGUCAGCUGACGACGAACAUUGAUAUCAGCCAGAAGGAGUCGCUGCUACUGCAAGUGAGAGGCUGUGCUAAGCUCUACGUUGUGCUCCGUGAGAACGAGGGUGGAGAAGAAGCAGCUAUUGGAAUUGGGAUUAAGUCUAAUAAUGGAAUUAUAAUAAAGCCAUGCCACACCUGCACAGUGAAAUACGGUGCCGAGUCAGCAUAUCUCGACUGCACAGCCUUUAAGCCCUUUUGGAUAACCUGGGCGGGACUGACAGUGAAGAUUGGUCGCGGCCAUGAGGUGGGGAUGCAAGAAAUUCUAUCAACAACAUCAACCAAGUCCUACAAAGUCAACUUCCUGGUCCUCGAGGGCGUUGCUAACUGGAUCAUUGAAAAUGAGGUCUCGAAGUGUGGCCGUCACUUGUACCAACGCAUUGUGCAACCUCUGGAAGGUAUGAUCAACGACCUGGAAGUGUUCCACUCCUUUGCUGCUGCCGACAUCGUCCGCUGCCUUAAAACAUGCCACGAAAUCCAAGGAUGUCAAAGCAUCAACUACAACAAGCAAGACGGCACCUGUGAGCUCUUUGCUGCUUUGCCUGGGAAUGGUGACUUCAAGGCCAAGGCCAAUUUGCAGUCAGAGUUGAGUUUAUCACUUCCCUUGAGGACCCGUGCCAGGAAAGAAGUCACACCUAUUCAACAGAUCUUCGAAGAUGAGACGAGAACCUUGACCAUCGAUGAAGUUGCCACAACACCCUCCUUCGCUAGCAUUGAAGCUGGUCUCUACCGACACCGCCGGAAAAAUCUUCCUCCACUCCCAAAGACCCUGGCUGAUGUGUGCAUAGAAGACCAGUGGGCUGAGACCAGUGACGGAAGUCAAUUCUUCGCCAUAGGCGAUGGUGUCGACAAUACGUCAUACGCCUCACUUGGAGGGCUGGCACUCUAG